ACACAUUAGAGAGUUGCACAGCGGCAGACUGUGCAUGUGCAGAGACAAACUUCACUGGUCGACAUUUGACCCAUUAGGACAGUGUUUCUGGUUUCCCAGCAGGUUUGAGUGUUCAUGAUGGAAUCGGCUGCGGAGGUCGAGAAAGGAAUCGCCCCUAUUAAAGAACAGUUCCUCACCACCAAAGAGCAGUUCCACGCGUUCCUGGACUCGGGCCGGCCGGGCCAGAAGAGUGAAGAUGCGGAUGGAGACUCUGGAGAACCGGAGCAGAAGAGGAUCCGGCUGGACAGCGAAGCAGCGCCGGAGGAACCGGACAAGAAGGACAAGAAGAGGAUGAGAGGACAGAAUAAAUCCAGACCUCGCAUGAAACCUCAGAGCUACGAAGGCAGACGCUUGUGUCCCUCAAUCAUUCAGGAGCGAGACACUAAAUGCUUCUUCGGCGAUAAGUGCCGCUUCCUCCACGACGUGUCGGAGUACAUGCGCAGUAAAGCGGAGGAUCUGGGAGAGCAGUGUUACCUGUUCAACACCUUCGGCAAGUGUCAGUACGGCGUCUCCUGCAGGUUUGCUAAAGCUCACACCAGCGCCGAGAUGAAGAACCUGGUGAACGCCGACCUCUACAAGCCCAACGCCGAGAGGGAGCCGGUCAGGAACCACCUGGACAAAGACCUGCAGAGACGGCUGAGGAAGAAGCAGGUGAGCUUCAGCGGCGCCGAGGCCUUCCUGAAGACCAUCAGCCGAGGGAAGAAGCUGGAGGACGAUCCCAGAGACGCGGAUCAGGAGACACAGGAGAGUGCGGUUCCUCCGGUGAAGACUAUGGGCCCGAUUACAGACGCUGACAUCAUCAAGCUGCGACAAUGUGAAAAGAAACAGGUGGACUUCAGAGACAAGCUGUACCUGGCUCCUCUGACCACGUGUGGGAACCUGCCGUUCCGGCGCGUGUGCAAGCGCUUCGGGGCCGACGUCACGUGUGGAGAGAUGGCCAUGUGCACUAACCUCCUGCAGGGACAGGCGUCCGAGUGGGCGCUCCUCAAGAGACACGCCAGCGAGGACCUGUUCGGCGUUCAGCUGGAGGGCUGUUUCCCAGACACCAUGACCAGGUGUGCCGAGCUGCUCAAUCAAAACAUCGACGUGGAUUUUGUGGAUAUAAACUCCGGCUGCCCCAUCGACCUGGUCUACAAGAAGGGCGGUGGAUGUGGCCUCAUGACACGCACCACCAAAUUUGAGCAAAUCGUGAGGGGAAUGAAUUCUGUGCUGGACGUUCCUCUAACGGUUAAGAUCCGCACGGGAGUCCAGCAGAACUGCAACGUCGCGCACAAGCUGAUCCCCGAGAUGAAGAAGUGGGGCGUGUCGCUCAUCACGCUGCACGGCAGAUCUCGCGAACAGCGCUACACGAAGUCAGCUGACUGGGAUUAUAUCGACACCUGCUCCAAACUCGCCGCUCCCGUACCGCUGUUCGGUAACGGAGAUAUUCUGUCGUAUGAAGACGCCAUGAAGGCCAGAGAAACGGGAGUGUCGGGGAUCAUGUUGGCGAGGGGCGCGCUGAUCAAGCCGUGGCUCUUCACUGAGAUCAAGGAGAGCCGGCACUGGGACAUCUCCUCCAGCGAGCGCCUGGACGUCCUGCGGGACUUCAGCAACUUCGGCCUCGAGCACUGGGGCUCCGACACGCAGGGCGUGGAGAAGACGCGCAGCUUCCUGUUGGAGUGGCUCUCCUUCCUGUGCAGGUAUAUUCCCGUGGGAUUGCUGGAGAGAGUCCCGCAGAGGAUCAACGAGCGCCCGCCGUUCUACAUGGGCCGAGAUUACAUGGAGUCUCUGAUGGCCAGUCAACACGUGGGCGACUGGAUACAGAUCAGUGAGAUGCUGUUGGGGCCGGUGCCGGGAAACUUCAGUUUCCUGCCGAAACACAAGGCCAACGCUUAUAAAUGACCAUCGGCUGCAGAGAAAGGCAAUGCUU